CUACUAUUCCAUGGUACAAGGUCUGAUAUUGAAAAUGGCAAAUGGCAAGGCAGUCUGAGGCCAGUUUAAGUAAACAUUUGUGCAUUAGUUUUCUUGGUCGGUUAAAUGUGCCAUCAUAACAAUGUAAUGUGGACUGUGUGCGAUGGCGAACAGAGACAUAACCGGCCAUCAGCAACAGUUCAUUGAAGAAAUUGAUUACACUGAAAUUGAAAGAGAGCAGGUAGUUGGUAAGGGAUCCUUUGGAGUUGUAUGGAAAGGAAAGUGGAGAGGUCAAUAUGUUGCUGUAAAACAUAUAAAUUCUGAGGGUGAAAGGAAAGCUUUCACGGUAGAAGUAAGACAAUUGUCAAGAGUCUUUCAUCCUAAUAUUGUCAAAUUGUAUGGUGCGUGUACUAAAAAUCCAGUAUGUUUGGUAAUGGAAUAUGCAGAAGGUGGAUCAUUAUACAAUGUUCUUCAUUGCAAUCCACAACCUCGCUAUACUGCUAGUCAUGCGAUGAGCUGGGCUCUUCAAUGUGCACGUGGUGUAGCAUAUCUUCAUAAUAUGAAGCCUAAACCAUUAAUUCAUAGGGAUUUAAAGCCACCAAAUUUAUUGCUAGUCAUGGGUGGACAAACGCUUAAAAUUUGUGAUUUUGGCACAGCCUGUGAUUUGAAUACAUAUAUGACUAACAAUAAAGGAUCAGCAGCAUGGAUGGCACCAGAAGUAUUUGAAGGUUCAAGAUACACAGAAAAAUGUGAUGUAUUUAGUUGGGGCGUGAUUUUAUGGGAAGUUCUAUCACGUAAAAAACCUUUCGAUGAAAUUGGUGCAUCUGCGUAUAGAAUAAUGUGGGCUGUGCACAUAGGACAAAGACCACCGUUGAUAGAAGGUUGUCCAAGACCUAUUGAAGAAUUAAUGACUAGAUGUUGGCAGAAAUGUCCAGAAGACAGACCUUCAAUGGAUGAAGUGGUGAGAAUUAUGACGAUUCUAUUUGAAUUUUUCAACAAUAAUUUAGAGCCUGUUGAAUAUUCCUUGGCAGGUAGCGAAGCAGACGAUAUCGAUGGUAAUGAAGAUACAAAAGAUGAUAUUUUAGAUAUAACAACUUUAGAUACUCGGAUAAAUGGAUCAGUCAUGAAUGGAACAAUAUGUCCAAAUGUUACAUCAUCUGUCAAACAAACGGAUAAUGCAACAGAUGAUGAACUUAAUUCGUAUCCGGUAACUUCUCAACAGUCCUCUAAUAAUGCAUUAACGCAUUCCUCAUCGCAAAUAAAGAGAUCAUUACCGCAAUGUAAUCCUAUAAUAUCCCAAAGUACAUCAUCCAUCGAAAAUACAAAUCGUAAUGCAAAAGACGCUCCAUAUACCACACCAAUAAUACAACGAGGUGAUAGACAAUUUAUUUUACCACAAAGUGAAUCCAGUAUGACCCCGUUACACGUUAAUUGUGAUACGGAUGCAUGGGAACUUAGUAAUUUUUCAGAUUCGUCAUGGGAGAUUCGUAAUAUGGCUGGUUUAGAUAAAAUGGUGCAAAAGACAAAGAAAAUAAUUCGUGGUACCAGCACUACCAGCGAGGACUUGGAUAAUGUAUACCGUCUCUUAGAUGCGGAUUUAAGACCCCUUACACCGGACCAUACGUGCGAACGUUCCCGUGAAAUCUUCGAAGAGCAUAAACAAUUAGCGCAGGAAUAUCUAAAAGUACAAACGGAAAUAGCGCUUUUGGGACAGCAUAAGAAUGAGAUGUUAAAAAAUCUAAGCAUAGAUAAUCUUCGACAACAACAAGAGUUACGAAAGUUAGAGGAUGAAAAGGAAUCUUUGGUGAAGCUAUAUCGAAAUUUAAAACGGCAAUUAGAGAUAAUGAAAAACAAGAGGACAACUAACAAUCCUGUAAAUAAUUGUAUACCAACGAUAAGUCCUGCCGUUUCCGGUAAUAAUGGGUGGGUUGUGGUGCCGCGACAAGAUCCUUGAAAAUUUUUCAAUCGCAGAAACGCGAUUGUUUCCGAAUACAUGUUAGUUUUAUAAAACGAAGUUACGAAUUUGAAAUUAUUGGGAUUUAAUUGGAAAAUUCCAUUAAUUUAUUGCAUUUGGAACUUAACAUUGGUUACUAUCCUUUAAAUCUCUAUUUAUUUUGGCUGGUCGAACUUAAUGUGUUGAGCCACGAUUGUUCCUUAAUAGUGAUUAAAAGUAUCUAUUGUGUUGUACAAUAAGAUGAUUUACCAUCUGAAUAAGCUAUUUCAAAUAUCAAUAUGAGAAUUGUAGAAAAAGAAAAAAAAAAAGGAGAAAAAAAAGAUCGGUUCUAAAACAUAUGUAUAGAUUUUUCCUACUAAGAAAUGUAUGUCUAUAUUGAUAAUACAAUAUUUUUGUUUAAGAAUAUGUAGAAAAUAAGAGUGAAAACGGCCAAGUACUUAAUAUGUCGCGUAUAUACAUAAACGUCGUUUAUUACGUCGCUUAUUUGAAAUUUUAUCUCAAUUACGACAUGAAGUAUAUUGGCAUUAUAACAUAUUGUAGAGCUUCCUUAUAUGUUUUAAUAAUUGAGUUUUUAGUUUCAUUUUUUGUACAGUUUAAAAGUCAGUGUAUAAUAACAUGUAUUGUUACAUUUCAAAGUGUGAUUUAAAGGAAGUUCAUAUUUUUGUUAAGUAGUAAUGUUGGAAGUAAUCCUGUGAAAUAUAUGUAUAUUAUGGCAAAGUACUUUUCUUGCUUUGUUUAAUAUUGGCAAAAGCUUUUAAGUUCAAGCAUAUAUAGUAAAUUUUUUUAAGGAAUUCGAAUUCAUAUUGAUCUAGUCUUCUCAAGAAAUUUUUAUCAUAUCGUUCUAUUACAGUGUAAAGUUACAAAAUAUAAUUUAACUAUCAAUAUU